UCUGGACCAAUCUGGCAACACUGCUGCAUGAGCAAGAUGAGCUAACGUUAGCUAAUUACUGAGGGACAACAUCAUCUCAAAUGGUCAUUCAAACUUUAGGAUAAUACACUAUACGUUGUUCACAUGCCGGGACAAACUAGUUUUGGACUCGAUAAUCAACCCUGUAUUUUGUGGUGAACUGGCGUCUCUAAACUACUCUUCGCUGUCAUCGUAUCACAGCAUCAAGAUGGCCCUGAAUGUCUUUGAUCAUGAUGAAUACAGACCACCCGUCUGGAAGUCCUACUUGUACCAGCUCCAGCAGGAGGCGCCACACCCACGAAGACUCACGUGCACCUGUGAGGUGGACAACCGGCCUAAAUAUUACGGAAGAGAGUACCACGGUAUGAUCUCCCGGGAGGAUGCUGACCAGCUACUGAACCAGGCCGAGGGCAGCUACCUCAUCAGAGAGAGCCAGAGACAGCCCGGCACCUACACACUGGCCCUACGCUUCAGGAACCAGACCAAAAACUUCCGUCUGUACCACGAUGGGAAGCACUUUGUCGCCGAGAAGAGGUUCGAGUCCAUCCAUGACUUGGUCACCGACGGCCUGAUCACGCUCUACAUCGAGACAAAGGCGGCGGAGUACAUCGCCAAGAUGACCAUCAACCCCAUCUACGAGCACGUGGGCUACACCACCCUCAGCUUGGAGCCCACGCUCAAGAAGCACCUGCCGCUGCGCAGCGCCCCCGACCAGCCCGACGGCCUCACCCCCACCAGGGACCGUGGCCACGCCGAGGAGAGGAUCACGUCGCUGGUGCGGCGCUCCACCCUGAGGGAGAGUGACUUCGUGGCUCCGAAAUACGAGAAGGUCCACAAUUUCAAGGUCCACACGUUCAGGGGUCCUCACUGGUGUGAGUACUGCGCCAAUUUCAUGUGGGGUCUCAUCGCUCAGGGAGUCAAGUGUGCAGACUGUGGUCUGAACGUCCACAAGCAGUGCUCCAAGGUGGUGCCCAACGACUGCCAGCCGGACCUGCGGCACGUGAAGAAGGUGUACAGCUGUGACCUCACCACCCUGGUGAAGGCACACAACGCCAAGAGGCCCAUGGUGGUGGACAUGUGCAUCCAAGAGCUGGAGGCCCGAGGCCUGCAGUCCGAGGGUCUGUACAGAAUAUCAGGCUUCAGCGAGCUCAUCGAAGACGUCAAGCUGGCCUUCGACAGAGACGGUGAUAAGGCGGACAUCUCCACCAACGUGUAUGAGGACAUCAACAUCAUCACGGGGGCACUGAAGCUGUACUUCAGAGAGCUGCCCAUCCCCCUCAUCACCUACGACGCCUACCCACACUUCAUGGAGGCCGCAAAGAUCCCGGAUGCAGACAAGCGGUUGGAGGCGCUCCAUGAGGCGCUAAAGUUGCUGCCCCCCGCUCACUGUGAGACCCUCAGAUACCUCAUGGGACACCUCAAGAGGGUGACCCAGUGUACGGAGAACCUGAUGACAGGGGAGAACCUGGGCAUCGUGUUCGGCCCCACGCUGAUGAGGGCCCCGGGGCUUGACGCCAUGACGGCUCUCAACGACAUCCGCUACCAGCGGCUGGUGGUGGAGGGGCUCAUCACCAACGAGGACGUCCUGUUUUGAGGGGUGUCCAGGGGUCUGAGACGUGAGAUCGCUGCCCCAUCCCAACGGAACAGGGGAUGGAAAGCAACCGUGCCAUGGUUGGAUCGGAUGACCAUCAGAACAACAUUUUAUUUAAUUUUGUUCUGGUUGUUUUCGACGCUAACUAAAAUAAGAGGUUUCAUCCAGGGUUUUUUUACCUGUUCAGUUUUGCAUUCUGGGAAAGACCAAUUUCUUUUUUAUCUCAUUUCCGUUGAUGAUUUGUUAUUUUCUUUCUGUGAUAUGUCUUGUUCUCCUGUCCUGGACCAAUCAUUGUAUUGCUUUAAUAAUUCACCUUUCAAAGGGGAAAGACUUUACAUAACACUACGUUAUAUAUUUUUUCAAAUAGUAGCCAUACACUAUUAACAAUCCACAAAGGCAUCAUUGAACUUUUACCAUAACUAGAACUACCAUCAAGCAGUACACACACACACACACACACACACACACACACACACACACACACACACACACACACACACACACACACACACACACACACACACAGAGGUUAAGGAGGACAUAUGAUGUGACUGCUUCAUAGAUGAGCUGAAUGCUAAAGAAAAGUUGUAUGAAUGAUUGAUGCAUAUUUGUUAAAUGCUCGACCAGGCUCUAUUAUGAGGGGCCGCCUGGGACAGAAUUCAUGCUAAUCUUGCAUAUACACCACUAUACUCAUACACACACACUAUUAAACUCCUUUUACAUGUAAGUAUGAGAGUGUAUAGUCGUGUAUGUGAGAGAGUAUAGUAGUGUAUGUAAGAGGGUAUAGUAGUGUGUGUAAGAGAGUAUAGUAGUGUAUGUAAGAGAGUAUAGUAGUGUAUGUAAGAGUAUAGUAGUGUAUGUAAGAGAGUAUAGUAGUGUAUGUAAGAGAGUAUAGUAGUGUAUGUAAGAGAGUAUAGUAGUGUGUGUAAGAGAGUAUAGUAGUGUGUGUAAGAGAGUAUAGUAGUGUGUGUAAGAGAGUAUAGUAGUGUGUGUAAGAGAGUAUAGUAGUGUGUGUGUAAGAGUAUAGUAGUGUGUGUAAGAGAGUAUAGUAGUGUGUGUAAGAGAGUAUAGUAGUGUGUGUAAGAGAGUAUAGUAGUGUGUGUAAGAGAGUAUAGUAGUGUGUGUAAGAGAGUAUAGUAGUGUGUGUAAGAGAGUUUGAAUGAAACGGAAGUGAGUUUGAAUGAAACGGAAGUGAGUUUGAAAUGUUCAUAAGAGUCCGCAGAAAUCGAAUAUCAAUAUUAUUUUAGUGUAAUUACAUUGUGUAUUGUGCACAAGCCAUCUUAUACAAAGCAGCCGAAAAAUA